AUGGCGGCGUCGCCGAUCUUGAUCACGACAAAGAUCGUUUACGACUCCGCUCACAGCUCCGUUCCGUUACGACCUCUCGCCGACGUGAACGUCACAGCAUACAUAUUACGUGUUGCCUUUGCCGGUGUAGGUCUGCUGUCAUUUUUCUACAUUCUUCACGGGUUAACAGCAUUGGCCAUGGUGUACUGGUUUAGGGACUGCGAUCCUGUUCUGUCUGGCUCAAUAACUCGCUACGAUCAGAUCGUGCCGUACUACGUGAAAAAUAGCGCAAGAGCCAUCAACGGAGUUCGAGGGUUGUUUUUGGCGGGGAUUGCGAGCGCCUCCAUUAGCACGGUGUCAUCUGUCGUGAACUCCAACGCAGCUGUUCUGUUUGUAGACAUUGUAUCGCCAAACUUCCACGUUCCGCAAGCGAAGACUGCGCUCGUAAUGGCUGGCCUCGCGGCGGCAAGCGGCGCAGUCAUGACAAUCGUGGGCCUCUUGGUUCCCUACAUAGGAUCUGCCGCAAGUUUUUUCAUCACACUGAGCGCCGCAGCGUCCGGUCCAUUCGCAGGAAUCGUUAUUCUUGCGUUUCUGUUUCCCUGGGCCAACACGAAGGGCACGGCUACGGCCGCUCUGGGUGUGUUUCUCAUCCAGGCUUGGCAAACAACUGGGCGGUUCAUGGCCCGCAUACAACCCCUGAGAAUGACCUACGGCACUGACAGAUGUCCGGGGAAUUCAACGUACCACGAUGUACCGCAGCAUGAAGACCGUCCUUACUCGGACGUUUUCCCGCUCUACCGGCUUUCCGCCUACUGGUGCUGCCUGUUCUCGACCAUACUGACGGUGCUCUUCGGCCUGACUUUCAGCAUCCUAUCCGCUGGACCGGAUGAUGGCCUCCAAAACUCCUUGCGUCUUUCGAGUCCUUUGGCCUUGAAGUUCUGGCGGCGAAUCGGCUUGCUUCGACAUCGACAAAAGGAACCUGAACAUGGAGCAGUCAACGAGCGAGGCGAUAGGAUAUCGUCUUACGAAAUUCAGCCUUUGCAAGAUAAACAAGACGAAGCCUAAGCCACGCGCGGGGAAUACGAGUAUAACGGAGUAAAGACUCAUCUGUCUCCGUGUCGAAAAGUGACCGCCACACCUAAACAUUACGUCGUCCGAGAACACCGACCAGUUGCCUUGCCCAAAGUACGGCUUUAAAACAUCCCUUUCCAGGUACAGGGCAGCCAGUCCGGAUCCACCAGUACGGUUCGGCUUCAUACCUUCCCCUUGCCACUUCGCUCUCUCCCAGCUACUAUACAACAGCCCGUGCUAUAGGGGUGGGUUUUGCGAACGCUAGCUGUAUUCAGUGGAACGUUUGACACACCUAUAUGUCUGGCUUGCGCAAACGUGAACAAACGGCCGAACACCUGUUCCCAUUUCUGCAAUGUUCAUGCAGCCCAGCUUGCUUCGGACUCUGCUGAAUUGUACUCAAGACCAAUCUCAAAUACAAAGGUUCUUGCACCAUGGUC